CUAACUGAAUGGACGGAUGAAGGGGCUGUAAUUCUGUUAGUGCCAUUUUAAAUGAAGAAGCCUUGGCUGGACGACCAUCGUGUUUUUUCUGGCUUUUCAGAGAAUGUAGCACAGAAUGGGUGAAGUUCAAAAGGGUUUGUUAUCACUUGUAGCAGAACUGAAAAAGUUAGAAGAUGUGGAUGAAAAUGGGCUAAGAAUUGUACUGCUGGGACUCGAUAAUGCUGGCAAAACUACCAUCCUUACCCGGUUAGCCUUGGAGGAAAUCAAGUGUAUAACUCCUACACAGGGUUUUAACAUCAAAAGUGUCCAAUCGCAAGGCUUAAAGCUAACAGUAUGGGACAUCGGGGGUCAAAGAGCAAUCAGAAAACAUUGGAAGAAGUACCUUGGAAGCACAGAUCUACUAAUUUAUGUGGUGGACAGUGCAGACCAGAAACGCUUUGAAGAAACUGGACAGGAGCUAGCAGAACUAGUAGAAGAAGACAAUCUAUUGGGGGUUCCCUUGUUAGUGUUUGCAAACAAACAGGAUUUGCUGAGUGCGGCCUCUGCUGCAGAUAUUGCCUCUGGAUUAAACCUGCAUACGUAUCGGGAUAGAACGUGGCAGAUUCAAGCCUGUUCUGCAAUCUCUGGAGAAGGCAUACAGGAUGGAAUGAACUGGAUAUGUAAAAAUAUCAAGAAGAAGUAAAUAUCAUCUGAAAGGAACAAGAAAUCGCCUCAAAUCCGAAUUCAAGGUGUAUUAACCAUAUUUACAGCUAAUAAAGAUUGUUCAGCACGAUUUACCUUUUUGUCCCCACAAGUUUCUCACUAUAAUCAAAGGAUGAUGUUGAUACUGCAGAUGUUUAUAAUCAAAAUGUAACCUGAUGCCCGUAUAAUGUUACUAAUUCCAGAUCCUGGAGAGGAUUCGUGACACAAUGGUGAAAAUGAAUGGCACUAAGCUGUUUAAUCUAUUUUUACCAACAUGAAUAUUAAAUCCUUUAAGCCAAA